AACCUAGAUAGGGUUUUUAUCCAUCGUUCACAGCUUUUACCAAAUCGCAAAAAUGGUGAAAUUCCUUAAGCCAAACAAAGCCGUAGUCGUACUCCAAGGGCGCUACGCCGGGAGGAAAGCUGUGAUUGUUCGAGCCUUUGACGAUGGGACACGUGACAGGCCGUACGGUCACUGUUUGGUCGUCGGCGUAUCGAAAUACCCAAAGAAAGUGAUUCGUAAGGAUUCUGACAAAAAACAGGCGAAGAAAUCACGGGUUAAGACUUUCAUUAAGCUCGUUAAUUACAAUCACAUUAUGCCUACGCGUUACACAUUGGAUGUUGAUUUGAAGGAAGCUGUUACUGUUGAUUGUCUUCAGUCACGUGAUAAGAAGGUUACUGCUGCUAAAGAGGCGAAAGCUAAGUUUGAAGAGCGAUUUAAGACUGGGAAAAAUCGCUGGUUCUUUUCCAAGCUUAGAUUUUGAGUUGAUUUUGCUCUUUAUUUGGUAAUUUUGCUGUUCUGAUUAUUGAGUAUUUUGCUUUGAUUUUGUUUUGUUUAAACGACAUUUGAUUUGAAAUGAUAGAUCUGUGUUUUAUCUUUAGUUAUUGUUGUUCACGAGACUAAUGUUUUCUA